AUGUUGACUGGCUCGAAAUCGAGUUCCAUGGAGGAGAAGGAAGAUUUGGAAGAUGCCAGAAAUCAGCAAGAAUUAACAGGAAACUCGAUUACCGACGCACCUUCAUCCGACUACCCCACUCUAAUCCCUUUCACAACUGCUAGUGACCCGGAAAAAGAACUGCACCUAGCAGCAGCACCAUCGUCCAAGACUUAUGGAAGAGACCCCAAUGGGAAGUUGAUACCUCUUUUCGGUUUGGAGCCCGCGCCAAUUUAUGAGGAAAGGAGUGAGCAGAAGGUUAUAGAGCCGUACCCACCGAGAGAAAUCCGUUAUGCCUAUCGUACCACUAACCGACAACCUGUUGUCUAUGUGCCAGCAGCUCCACAGACACAGAAUACGAUUCCAGUACCAGUGGCUUCUUAUCUAGCCAACCCCUCUCCACAUCCAAUCCAAUUGCACAUCCUUCCUCCCAUGCCAACUGCUUCGGCCCCCUCACCACUACAACCACAAAUUAUCUACCAGCAUACGACACAGGCACCCCAGCUGUUCUCGUAUUCAACUUUUGCACCGACAUCCUCUAUUGAGAACCAGAAUAUUAACGACUGCAGUAAUGGACAAUGUCGACCCGAGUCGGACGAUGACAAGUGCAACAGCCAGAGGUUGCGGACAAUAAUUUUUAAUAACAUAGUGUCCGGCGAUGCUGAAUCUUCCAAACGAGCCGUCCAAAGUGCCGCUGAAGCAGAGACCGGACUAUUCUUCGACGCCAUUUGUGGUACCGGAUUCUUCUCCUACAUUGCACACACCGAUGAGUUCUGCCUUGCAUCUUCAGGAGGUGUUAAUUGUUAUGUCUUCGCACCAGUGUGUCAAGGAACUGAGGAGCAAAGGAAGAAGAAGUCGAAAUUGAGUAAAAAUUAA